AUGGCUCCAAAGAGUUGUGAUGUCACAAAUGUCCCAUCCACAAUUGAUGAGACUGAAGAGCUGACCACUGAGAGCAAGUGCAUCCAUACAGCUGUCAACCACCCAAAUCAGACCAGUCCAGAGCUUGGCCCACUCACCAAGGUUGGAGAGUGUCAAAAACACCGCCUGGUGUGCGCAACAGUAUCCUCCUUGGACAAGUGUGUUAAUUGUGUGGGACCCGUAUCUUCCUUCAAGUGGCUUGGCUAUCGAUGCACAGAUGAGAUUGCGUUAAGUGACGCUGAAGACAGUGGGAGCGAAUCUGAUAACAGCAACACAGAAGUCACAGCAUCAGAGUUUGGAACUGUGGAGCCUGAGGAUAUUGACUCUACAACCACAGAGCGAGGCCAUGACAUUGGAGGCUUUGGAUCAGUGUCAUUUGUGUCGUCCACAGUAAAUGAGAGUGUACUUCCCUCUGAAGGGAAUUAUGCUGAUAAAGAACAUGGAUCCAGAAGAGUGGCAAAGAAAGUGUGGUCUAAGGCUGAGGUCGCCGCAGUAAUGCGACACUUCAAAGAUCAUAUAAGCAGGGGAAAACUGGCCACCAAAACUGAAUGCAGUCACUGCAAACUGGUGGAAGACCCCGUGUUGGCACAAAGAACAGUGCAAAAUAUAAGGGACUUUGUUAGAAAUAGAGGAAUAACUGCAAAGAGGCAGUCACAAAACGAAAAGAUUUAAAUACA